UAAAAACAACAGAGAGAAAAUGCCAGCAUCCGUUGGGAAAAGGAUAAGACAAAGCAGAAUGGACGAGAAUGACUAGACGCAACGCAGUCUCUUCUUGGCUCUGACCUUGACUACUGCAGUCUUCACUUCCUUGACACCCAUAGCGAGACACAGUGUUGUCUUGGAACUGGUAACGGGCAUGAGCAAGCUGAGAAGCUCUGAUUGUUUAGUAUCAAAACUCGAUGCACGGUUUCCACCACCUAACAAAGGUUAUUACUUCAAAAGACAAUGGUCUUUGACAGCCAGAACAACAACAGACUCUUCACCUCACUGGAGUAGAUCCAUGGAAUCAUGCACAUCCGCUUCAGGAUGCAUGUUCAUCUGGUAUACAUGUAUCUCAUCGAUAACGCGCAAACACCUUCCAUGCAGGCAGGAAUUACAUGAUGCCAUUUAUAGUAUAUGCACCAGGCUAUUCCUCUUCUUGUCCGGGUAUAUUAAGAAUAACAACAUUUGAAAUAGUUGAUAAUAUAUGCUAAAAUAAGUACAUAUGUCAGGUGGCACUCAUCGGAAUAUCUGUGCCGCGGUUCAAAUGCG